UUAAAAAAGUGUCAUUGCUUUCAAAAUUUAGGAUUAAUGUGACAUAUUUGUGCUGUAAAAUGUUAAUGAUGUUCUCUACAUUCUACAUUUUGCUAUUAAUUUAGGCUAAAAAGAUUGCAAUCUUAAACAAGUACUUAUGGAAAAAAUAAUAUACUCUUCACAACCCACUUGUUGCUUGUAGCGUGUGCCCUAGAUGUUUGACAAAAUGCUUGCACAUCUUUUUGACCUUCAAGGCCACCUCCUAAUUAAGGAUCACUGAGAAAUAGGAGUCUUUCGUUCAUUGGAUUUAAUGCCCUACCGAUUUACUAUGGUGACGUUUUGGUGGUGGGGGGCACCUGACAACCCCAAUAGAGAACAUGUGGCUUUUCUUAUUGUGCAAGACCUCUUCGGAGGCCUUAUCGAUUGUGAUGGAGAUGAAGACAUCAAAGUGGGAGUUCUAAUGUCAAACAAGCUUGUUGAUCAACUACUUACAGAGAAGAUGGCAGCAUGGUAAGAGUAUGAGAUUGUGUUGGGCCAGUCCAAUGUCACUGGAGCAUAUGGUUCAAAUCAAUGGGUUCAAUGCUUCCUCUGCCUUCCUUUUAAUUGAAAAUAUUUGCCAUCACUAAAUAACUUUAAUCAGUCUUGCUUUUAUUUUGUGUGUACUCUUAGUCACUAAUAUAUUAGUCUUAGUUACUAAUUUCUUCAUUUUGAUAUCUUCACAUUUCUUUAAAAUCAAUAACAAUGAAAGAUGGGCUGCAGGUUGAGGGAAUGCGCCAAGCUGGGCUAAUUAAGGGUGGAUCAGUUGAUAAUGCUAUUGUUUGCAGUGCCACUGCUGGUUGGUUAAAUCCACCAUUACGUUUCUCUGAUGAGCCUUGUCGCCAUAAGGUUUUAGAUCUUGUGGGAGACAUCUCACUCUUUGCUCAAAAUGGAAAUCAGGGGCUUCCCAUUGCACACAUAAUUGCCUAUAAGGCUGGCCAUGCCCUGCAUGCUGACUUCGUGCGAUUGCUAUCAAGAUCAUCGACAGCACAAGUGAAAGAUUAGCAACGGAAAUGCUAGCACAGUGAUCCAAAAUCCAUUUUCAUGGAAUAGUUGUUGGUAAGGCCUAGCCAUUUUCUGUAGCGUAAAUGCAUUAGCCUGGUGACAUUGUUUUCAUGUGUUUAUUUGGGGAUUCUUGAAAAAGUUUCACGAAGUUAACAUCUCCUAGGGAAAUCAUGCGUGAGCUAAGAUAGGAUGACGAAUCUCAGCCGAGCGAAACUCCUCCCUGUUUGACUAAUUAAUUGGAGUUGACAAAUUAAUUUAGUGUAUGCUAUUAAUGUUAAUUCUUCUUCAAACACCUUUUGUAAUUUGUAUGAAUGCCAUUUAUACAGCAAUUCGACAUGUGGAUUUUCCCAUUGGAAACUA